UUUCAUUUUAGUCGCGGUUGUUUUCUUUCAAUGUCAAAAUCGGUCUUCGGUCGGUCGGAUAAAUGUAGCCGUUUGCUGUAAUUAUUUCUAAAACUUGUCUGAAUUAGCCGCAUUUAAUAACUUAUAUUAUGUGAUAAAAUCGAAAUGGCUAUUUAUAAUUGCAUCAAAAGUGUGAUACUUAUCGGAGUAACGUGGCAAUUCAUCAUCGUGUCUGCACACGAUCAUCUGCUCGAAGGUAUUUAUUGUGGAAAGGAAAAUUGUUAUAAUGUCCUGGGAGUCACGAGAGAAGCUACAAAAAAUGAAAUUGGCAAGAGCUACAGAGCCCUUGCGAAAAAAUACCAUCCUGACUUACACCGGACUCCCGAAACCAAGAAGGAGGCCGAAGAAAAGUUUAAGCAAAUAGCGACAGCUUACGAGAUCCUCAGAGACGAGGAGGAGAGAUCUGACUAUGAUUACAUGUUGGAUAACCCACAAGAAUACUAUGCUCAUUACUACAGAUACUACCGGCGGCGUAUGGCUCCGAAAGUCGACGUUCGUAUCGUUAUAGCUGUGACCAUUUCUAUCAUAUCUAUAAUACAAUACUACAGUUCUUGGUCCAAGUAUGACACUGCCAUAAAAUACUUCAUGACUAUACCCAAAUACCGGAAUAAAGCGCUUGAAAUUGCAAAAGAAGAAAUGAAAGAUUUGCACUCUAAAAAAGGAGGCAGAAAAAGUAAAGCUGAAAUAAAAGAGGAACAAGACCGCAUAAUAAGGAGAGUGAUAGAGGAAAAUAUGGACAUAAAAGGGGCUUACGCGAAGCCUGAAGUAACAGAUAUACUCUGGGUACAAUUAAUUAUUUUACCAUAUACAAUUGCAUAUUAUAUUUACUGGUAUCUUAGGUGGUUUUGGAAAUUUACGAUUUUGAAACAACCUUUUGGUGAAGAUGAAAAAUUAUAUUUAAUUAGGAAAUAUAUGAAAUUGGGUCAGCAUCAAUUUAAUGCAUUAGAGGACAGUGAAAAGCAAGAAUAUUUAGAGGAAGAACUAUGGAUCAAAGAAAAUUUUAUAGUUUGGAAGGAAAUAAAAGAUGAAGAGGCCAAAAAGGCUUUAGCAGAAAAUAAUAAAUACAAACAGUACAGAAGGUAUAUAAAAAAUCAUGGUGUAGGAAGGAUGACCUUUGAUGACUCUUGAUAAAUUCCAAUUUUUUUAUUUUGACUCCUGAUAAUAUAAGAAGAAUGUGAUUUAUUUAUUUUACAACUUAAUAAAAACAGAAAGAUCGACUUUGACCAAAACUUCUAACUUUGGUUUUCCUUUAUAAUUUUAAUUGUUGAUUCUUCAUCAAAUGCACCAAAAAUCAUCAUAUAAUAAAAGAAAGUUUUACACAAGA